AAAUGGGCCAUAAGCUAGAAAAAUGUACUCAGAUUUGAAAGCUCCCAUGUCGGCUGUAAAGACUUGACAACAGCAAGCCAGCAACAGCAUACUUUAGCAGUAUUCUUUUCGUAUACCUGCUUCUUCUGCAUACUUGUGCGUUUCCCUGAAACUGCAACAAAGUUAGAACACCCACAAAAGCAAAGAGAAAAGAUGAAAGAAAGAAGGCUAAAGUUGAUUCCCAUGCAGUUCUCAGCCUCUAAACAACCAUACUGGAGAUGGGUUUUCUUCUUUGUAAUCCAUUUGUUGUUCUCCAGCUCCUUCUCUGAUCCAAGGAUCUCGAACGCUGGCCUUUUCUGUGGCCAUUCCAGGGCACCAAAUGGGACCAACUUAAUUCCAAACUUUGUUGAAGAGAUGCGAGGCUUGUCCCAAGCAAUCAACAAUAGCCACUUUGCUUCUUACCACCUCAACUCUACAACUCCAAUUUAUGCAUUGGCUCAGUGCCAUCAAGACCUCUCACAAACUGAUUGCCUUCUUUGCUAUGCAGCCUCAAGGACUACGCUUCCACGUUGCCUUCCUUCUAUCUCAGGUCGAAUCUUUCUUGAUGGCUGCUUCUUGCGUUACGAUAAUUACAGCUUUUAUCAAGAGUCUGUCUCAUCUAGUUUGGAUAAUGUCAGUUGCAGCCCUGAUAACGUAACAGUGUUUGGUGGAGAUAGUAAGGAGGUGAAUUUAUUUGGUAGGAGUGUUGAUUAUGCAGUUGGGAAUGUGACUAGGAUUGCUUUGAGAAAUGGAGGAUUUGGGACAGUGGGGAUGGAUGGUGUGUAUGCAUUGGCACAGUGUUGGAAGAGUGUCCCGGCUGAAGGGUGCAGAGAGUGCCUGGAGAAGGCGGCAAAGGCGGUGACAGGCUGCGUGCCAAAGGAGGAAGGAAGAGGGAUGAAUACUGGGUGUUAUUUAAGGUACUCGACCAAUAAGUUUUAUAGUAAAGAGGGAGAAGCAGAGCAUGAUCUUGGGACUUCAGAAAUUGCAGUCAUAAUAGCAAUUGUCUCAUCAAUUGCUGCAUUCUUGAUGGUCUCUCUUUCAGCAGCUUACGCUACUUAUGCAAGAUUGUCAAAGAGGAAAGAAGAGCUCAAAAAUCUCGGCCAGAUUUCCAAAAGCUUUGACAAAUCAGGUUUGAAGUUCAAGUAUGAAACCCUUGAGAAGGCAACGGAUUUCUUUAGUCUUUCAAGGAAGCUAGGCCAAGGAGGAACUGGUUCUGUAUUCAUGGGGAUUCUUCCAAAUGGGAAGACUGUAGCUGUGAAGAGAUUGAUAUACAAUACCAGGCAAUGGGUAGAUGACUUUUUUAAUGAGGUAAACUUAAUCAGCAGAAUUCAACACAAGAAUCUGGUGAAGCUUCUGGGUUGUAGCAUUGAGGGCCCUGAGAGUCUCCUGGUUUAUGAGUAUGUACCAAACAAGAGCCUCGAUCAGUUCAUUUUUGAUGAGAAGAAAGCAAGCCUUGUAAAUUGGAAGCAGCGCUUUGAUAUCAUUGUUGGAAUAGCUGAGGGGCUAGCACAUCUUCAUGGAGGAGGGUCUCACAUAAGGAUAAUCCACAGGGACAUUAAAAGCAGCAAUGUUCUUUUAGAUGAGAAUCUCGACCCAAAGAUUGCUGAUUUUGGACUCGUACGAUGUUUAGCUACAGACAAGAGUCAUCUUAGCACUGGGGUUGCUGGAACACUUGGAUACAUGGCUCCAGAGUACCUUGUUCGAGGACAACUCACAGAGAAAGCAGAUGUUUACAGUUUUGGGGUGCUAGUUCUUGAGAUUGCAUGUGGUAAAAGGAACACCACCUUCACAAAGGACCCUGGUUCCCUUCUACAAACAGUUUGGACACUUUACAGAUCAAAUAGAUUGGCUGAAGCUGUGGACUCUAGCCUAAAAGAUGAUACUUCAGCAAAAGAAGCCCCCGAUGUGCUUCAAAUUGGACUAUUGUGCACACAAGCUUCAGUUCCCUUAAGACCAUCAAUGGCACAAGUAGUUCAGAUGCUGACAGAUAAAGAUUGUGAAAUUCCUUCACCCAACCAGCCUCCUUUCUUAAAUGCUAGUGUGCUAGAUCCAACAAGCUCUACAAGGUCCUACAGCACGGACAGUUCCAUAACAAAUGCAGUGAGAAAAAUUCAAGACUCAGGUACAUCCUCCGAGCCUUCUAGGACUCACAGUUCAGAUGAGGCAUCAAGAAGCCAAUGAUUAAUGCAGAAGCCGGUUGAAAUCCCAGGACUAAUCAAGUCAUGGAGGGUUUAGGGGAAGGUCUCUGGCAUAAUUCUUUUGUGGUACAAAGCAGCAAUGCCCAUUGAAGUUACAAUCAGCCGACAGUCAACAAACGCGGCAACAUGGUAGGAGACAAAACAUUAAGCAAUGACUGUAGAUAUCUAUAUAUAGGCAUAUCAAUUUUUCCGCAGAGCUUGUGAGACCAUAGCUUUGAACUUUAGGUUUCUUGUUUAAUAUAUUUUUUUGACUUCUUCUCACGCAAAAAUAUUCUUUGAGGAAUCCAAAAGUUAAAAGUUUUAA